AUGGCAAACAGUGCAAAUAGUGACAGAAAGUCACGGGAGCAAAUGAGUUUGAAGGAUUCAGCAAGGCCUUCGAGGAUCCUGAGCAAAGCAGAGCAUGAAAGGGGAACUUCUCUCAAUAUUGAAAAAUGGCUGAAAAAUAAAUUCAGGGAAGGAUAUAAACUCAUGAAAGAAGAGUUUGAAAAGUACGACUUGGAGCAAACAGGCAAAGUGAUGCCUCAAGACUUCCUAUCUGUGCUGGAGAAAUUUGACCUGCACCUAAAAUCUGAGCAUUUCAACCUUUUCUUAGCACGGUGCAAUCUUCAGAAUAGCAAAUGUGGCAUUGAAUACACCAAUUUCCUCAAAAUCUUCCAGGACCGAAGUGAGAAUGGGAUGCCACAUAAAAUUAUAUCCAAUCCUAAACACAGAUUCAACCAAGAAGGAAGUCCCAGUUUAUGCACUACAGUGACUGCAAUUGAAGCAAAGUUGACAAGGCUGUUUCAAUCAGAUUUCCUUUCACUUUUAGCCACAUUUCAUAAAAUUGACAAACUGAAUAGAGAUGUCAUCAGCCAACAGGAAUUUCGAGCUGCCAUUGAGAGCAGGUUUGGUGUGGAGAUUACCGAUGAAGAGUUUGAGCUGCUCAUUGACAGAAUCCCUCUUGAUGAAGACGGAAAUGUCCGGUAUCCCCAAUUCAUGGCUAUAUUUGACUCUAGGAAGGGAGUUUCUAGCCUUUUUGAGGAUAAGUCAACAAUCCUCUCAAGGCGACACGUCCUACACCAGAAACAGUCCUCAGCCCAGUUUGAUGAGGACAGUAAAUACAGUAGAAGCCCAGGACAGCUCUUCCGGAUUAUUAAAACCCUGUUAGAUAACCAAUACCAAGAGGUUGAGAAAGGAUUUGAAGAAUUGGAUGAAAUUAAUUCUCGGCGCCUCAACCACGAAACCAUGUACCAGCUUCUGAAACGCUGUCACGUUUGGCCAGAAAUAACUCGCGGUGAGAUCCGCAGACUGUGGGAAACACUGAUCACGAAUCAGGAUAAAACCUUGGAUUUCCUCGAGUUCGUGAGGCAUUUCGGCUUCUCUCCUAAAUCUGCGUGUUAUCCCAAUGCCAAGACCAGUCCACCCAGGAAAGGCGACAGCGACUUGAGAAUGUGCUCGAAAAACCUCAACUGUGCGUCCGAUAUAAUCGUGGACAGCGUCCGUGCAAAAGUUGACUACUUGUGGGACGAUCUUAGGAAAGAGUUUCAGGAGCUUGACCCCUACCACACGGGCUUUGUCAGCAAAGAAGAGUUUAAAGAUAUUUUGACAGAGCUCUGUGUGCAGUUAAAUGAAUACGAGUGUGAAGUACUGGCAAAGAAAUUCGAAAUCAAUGGAGAUGGUCGGGUUUCUUAUAUUGAGUUCUUGAAGCCAUUUGCAAUGCGCAGACAAUUAUGGCGAGAGGGGAGCAACAUGCUAGCGGUGAUGCAACAUCCUCAGGCAGAGUUGACCAUACAACAGCCUGGAUGUCAGAAGACAGGACUGCACACUGUGACAGCAAGGCUCCGACGCCAGCUGAAGGGUGAGUGGAAACCGUUACGCAGAGCCUUUAAGAAGUUAGACAGUAAAAGUAGUGGCUACUUGUCCCUGCCGGAGUUCCGAGCCGUUCUCAAACUGUGCAAUUUCCUUCUGAAUGAGGAAGAAGUUUACCAGAUAAUGUCGAAAUUCGAUGAAAACCUAGAAGGCAAAAUCGACUACAGAAAAUUCCUGGAAGAGACCUACAAAAAGAAACAAAUCAAACAGAAAGCCAACCAGCCCUUACCAGAAUUAAUCAAUUUGUCUCACGUGGUUGGAAAACCACAUGAACAACUAAUGUAG